GCAUUUAUGAUGCCGCCCUACUCGAUAUCGUAAAUAGAGACGUCCUUGUACAGUCUCUGCUGCGUCAACAAUGGUAUUCCCGGCUGUUGGCGCUUCCCCUCAAGAUGCUCCGCCGCCUGCUGUUGUCAAAGAGUUUCAUUCGUAUUUUUGGUGGAUGAUUUUCGUCAUGCUCCUCUCAAUGGCUGUUUUGCAAGUAAUGACCGGGGAUGGCUUUGGCAUGUUCUUCACAAUUAUCCUGUCGAUUAUCGUGUACUACAUGGUGGCGGAUGGGUGUGCGAACAUGUCGCUGUACUGUCUCUUGGUCUUUGGACUUAUUUCCGGCUUCGAAGCUCUUUUCGGUCUACUGACACUUUUCAGUGUCCUAGGCGGAAGAAGUUCAACAUCAACGCUUGUCAAGAGCAGAGACAAAGAAAACAUCGUAUAUGAGACACAAGUGUCUGUACAUCCAUUCUUUGAUAGCAGACAAGGGACAAAAUACAACAUUCAGUCAGGGCUGCUGGUAGCCUUGCCCAUAGUCAUGCUGCUGAGCGCAGUAAUGUCUUGGUGGUCAUUCAAAGCCUAUCCCAGCAACCUAUUUGGAGAUGGGGAUGAGGAGGAGCCUCUUUACGCACCCGGACCGACAGGUACAUUUGGCGCUCCCCGCCAACGGCCUCAGGCACAGUCCACUCCUCCGCGGACCUUUCAGGGCCCAAGAAUCUUCGAAGGUCAGGGACAACGACUUGGUCAGUAGUGACUCAGUAGCGGUACAAAAUGGCAAGCUUUUGCAACUUGCAACCGACCAUCACUGAUCGCCUUCUGUCCAAAGGCCACCAAAGGCGAUGCUGUGUGCAGUGAGGAAAAGAAGAUGGCAGUUUCUGUCCG